AUGGCACAAGCUCAAGAGCGGAUAGAUGAGCCGGGUAUUCACUGUGUGACACGCAGAUGUCGGCUCUGUCGGUUUCCCAUUGAAAUGGGCGAGAUGAUCGUCGCUGACGUGAAUGGAUGGCUCACACCAGCUUACGCCUUGAAAGAAUCUGCUCAUUAUUAUGAAGAUAAGCACAUGCUACUUCAAGGAUGUCGAGUCGAAUGCAUCCAUGAGGACGGGGAGUCGGGACAGGUUCCUUGCUAUCACGUCGAAUGCCGCAAGUACGCAUCCUGGCCCGAGGAUCAAUACUUGCUUCGUGCCACUGAGUACACCUAUGAGCCCACGAUGCGUGAGGAUCAGAGGCGCAUUAACAGGACCUGGCUGUUGCUUGGGAGGCGCCUGCAACAAGUCUAUGAAAAGCUACCUGCUGAAGUAUGCUACAUGAUUGCAGGUGAGCUUGUUCACGAGGUUGCCGCCAUGGCUACCGAUCAGCUCUGGAAAUGUCGUCCACAGGAGCUGGAGAAUACCGACAUUUAUAACCGAAUCGAUAUGAAGGUGCGGGCUCGGUACAUCUACAUAGACGGAAUCCGCUAUGUGGAGUCUCUGUCUAGCUCGCCCUAUGCCGAGGGUGAGCUGGUUGUUGACCCCGCGACCUCGUCGACGAUUGAUGCCAUCCAUGUCUUGGAGGAUCACAUUGGAGUGAGACAAGUUCUGUUCUCAAGCACCGAGCAUUCGCAAAAGCUUGAAGCUCUUCUCAGCACCCCAGUGAAAGACGCCUGGUGGCGCAGCAUCCCCUUCAGCACCACCGUCUUCUAUGCCAACUUUGAUGGUGUUAAACUGCGAAGCAUCAAAACAGACGGCCGCGGUCCGCGUCCCGUACCAUCAGCAGCCAUGCAGGGAAAAUCAACCUCUGCAGACGUGGCCUGGCCCAGGCCCAUGUACCCGGCAAAUGAACCAGUCCUUAACUAUUCGAACUUCAAUAACUGGGAAAUCGAAGAGGAGCGCCGCAACGCAGAAAUCACGCCAUGGACUCCGUUCACUCGCUAUCGCUUCCGAACCGUAUCGCUCGACUUCAACGACACGGCCGUGACUGGGUACUCUGUCUGUUUCAUGUCUGGAAUCAGGGGCAUUUACGCUCACAGGGGAGAAGACAUGGAUAUGUACAAUGAUGUUGAUAUGUACAGCCGUAAAGGCAAUUGGACGUACAUGCCAAUUGACCCCGAUGAGCGGAUCUCGGCCAUUUGGAUCAGAUCUCAAGACACCACGUCAUCUACCGGACUGAUAUUCCAAACAAACAAGGGCAGACAAGUCAUGUUUGGAGUGCGAACGGAUAGCCAAAGUCGACUGGAUAGAGCCCGUCUCUGGACGCCCCUACUUGGCGUUUCUGAGAACCCCUUCCGGGUGUACUGCAAACACUCGUAUCGAGGAGUCGACCAAAUCGCUGUCCAGCCUUUGGAAACCCUGACCGAAGAACCUCCUCGGGAGAUGAUGCCAUGGCCAACCCUACCCUCCCCCGCCCCUCGAACGCAGCAUUUUUCCGCCGUGAGCCUAGACAAUGUCAUGCAAAUAACCCCUUGCGGCAGAGAAAUCGCUUUCCAGCAUGAAGACUUGUGGGUCAUAACCGGAAUUAUGGUGCACUACGCGGAUGGCCAUCGAGCUUGUGCCGGCGAGUUUCGGCUGGACUGCGCGGGUGAGAGCAUGAGGGUUGAUAACAUGUCAAUGCUGAUGAUGGGCUUUUACGUGACAAAAGAUAAAACGGCCCCAUGGCUGGGAGCGAUCGAGUCUGAGCCUACGGAUGAUGAAGAUUUUCUUACCUGGAAAUCCCUUCGCUGUGGAGGGAUGCUCGAAUGGUGGUUCGACGAAGCUGGUCGCUGCCAGAUAUUCCGUCGUGACCCGACGGGGCAGUUAUCCCGGGUAUAA